GCGGUCGUCGUCGUCGGCGGUGGCCGGAGCGCUGGCAGCGGCGGUGGAGCGGCUGGAAGUGAAGGGAGGGAUGAGGCGGGCGAAAGGCGGCAGCGCGUAGCGGGUAGCUCCCGGCCCGCGGGAGACAGAGCGAAACCGAGAAAGAGACUGUCGCGGGGAGGCGGCCGUUCCCCCCCGUUCCGUCCCCCCGUCCUUCCCCGCCCGCCCCUCGCGGGAGCCCCGGCGGGUCCUUCCCGGCGCCGCCACCCUGCCCGCCCCCGCCCUCUAGGCCGCGGGCCUCGCUGUCCUCCGGCCUGUCCCCCUCCCCUUCCCCAGCCGCCCCCUCGCAGCGGAGGAUGAUGAAGCUCAAGUCCAACCAGACGCGCACCUACGACGGGGACGGCUACAAGAAGCGGGCGGCCUGCCUGUGCUUCCGCAGCGAGAGCGAGGAGGAGGUGCUGCUGGUGAGCAGCAGUCGUCAUCCUGACCGAUGGAUUGUGCCUGGGGGCGGCAUGGAGCCCGAGGAGGAGCCCGGCGUGGCUGCGGUGCGCGAAGUCUGUGAGGAGGCUGGAGUGAAAGGGACGUUGGGAAGAUUGGUUGGAAUCUUUGAGAACCGGGACAGGAAGCACAGGACCUAUGUUUACGUACUCAUCGUCACCGAGGUGCUGGAGGACUGGGAGGACUCUGUCAACAUUGGAAGGAAAAGGGAAUGGUUUAAGAUAGAAGAUGCCAUCAGAGUUCUGCAGUAUCACAAACCAGUGCAGGCCUCCUACUUUGAGACCUUGAGGCAAGGCUGCCUGGCGAACAACGGCACCCCCGUGGUGAGCAGCUCCUACUCGGGGAGCUCCGUGGCUGACAUCAGAUGACUGAAGGUGACCCUGGGAGAGAAACUCUGCACACCAGACUGAACCGGAUUGUCCCCUCCCCUCCCCCUCACAUGCCUGCUCUCCAGCCAGGCAGCAGCCUGGGGCAGAGCCUGUGGUGCGAGUGCUGCCCUGUAGUGCCAGGUGGGAUCUGGGCUUUGGGUUUUUUGGCUUUUUUUUUUCCCCUUUCUCCUUUU